UUUUCACAGACUUGGUGCAACGCUCUCGACUAGCACGUAUAUUCAAAGUGGUCCGAGAGUAGUACGAGGAAAGAGUGUUUUUCUUUGCGAGUUUGAUUUUAAUUGCGAUAUGAAUUAUAAUAAUAAUAAAAUGGUGGAAACUCUGGGAGAAAAGGAAAAAAAAUUGGAUGGACAGAAAGUGGAGUAUAGUGCAUCCCAAAAAGUACAAAGGAUAUUGAGAUCCAUCUACAUAACACUACAUAGAGCAGCACUAAGGGCCAUUACACGAAUCCUAGAUUUGUUGGUAUUAUUAUGGCUUACAAUAUACUACUUCGCCGAAGCAAUUGUGUUAACCUUUACUCCGAACUCCCUAAGAGUUUUAAAAUCUUUAAGAGGUCGUACGAUUUUGGUAACUGGAGGCGCAGGAGGUUUAGGACAAGAAUUAGUAUCUAAGCUUGUCAAAUAUAAAGCCAAAGUGGUUGUAUGGGAUAUCAAUGAAAAGGCUUUGGCAAAACUAAAAGACAAAAUGGAUGGCGAAGGAUACAAAAUAUUCACUUACGCUGUAGAUGUAUCAAACAGGGCAGCUAUUUAUAAAACAGCCGAAUUAGUUAAGGAUGAAGUUGGAUCUGUAGACAUUUUGGUCAAUAAUGCGGGCAUCGUAUGCGGACAAACUUUCUUAAACUUACCAGACGAUAUGAUUGAAAAAACUUAUCAAGUGAAUACUUUGUCAUGUUAUUGGACAGCAAAAGCUUUCUUGCCCGACAUGAUCAAAAAAGGACGUGGACAUAUUACUACCGUUGGUAGUUUAACGGGACUACUUGGAUCAUACAAUUGCACCGAUUAUAGUGGUUCAAAGUACGCAAUCAUUGGUUUUCAUGAAAGUCUUAUGGCUGAACUAAAGAGUAUGGGUUACCACAAAAUAAUUCUAACUAUGGUAAGCCCUUAUUUUAUUAAUACUGGAAUGUUCGAAGGAUGCAAACCCACUUAUGCCCCAAUGCUGGAGGCAAACUAUGUGGCAAAAAGGAUUAUUUUAGCAAUCAGGAGAGAAGAAGUCUUCUGCACCGUACCCGCUAGCUCUUGUUACAUUUUGGGACUAAAGAACUACAUCCCUACCAAACUCUCGUGGCUGCUGCAAUUCAGAGUAUUACGGUUGCCACAAGCAAUGAGAACCUUAAGGAAGUUUAAUGAAGCCAUUGCCGCUUAAAAUAUAUUUUUUAAUAUAUGUAAUGUCAAUAUUUUUAGCGUUAUCUUGCCUUUAUUUAUUUGUUUAUUUGUAUGUAUAUUUCAGUUACAGAUAUAAUUUGUAGGUGUAGAAUGUAAUGUUAGUUUUAGAACCAUUAUAGACCUAUAUAUCACUAUUAAUAAAUAUAUGCAUCUUA